UCCGGGGCGGGGCCGCGCGUGCGCGCUGCCAGGAGAGGCUAGCCGCCGGUGGUCGCGGCCGGUGACGGGGACCCGAGCACGACCCUGGCGGGAGGUCUCGGGGUGCGCUUCGGCCCCGACUUCUGGGGAGCGUCAGAACCGGGAGUUUAAAUACGAGUGCAGAAGCGCGUGUCCAGGCCUGUUCUUAGCAGCACUAUCUUUGAUAGAAAAGCUGGAAGCAGUCCCGGUAUCUGUCACUGGUAGACAGCUACGUUGUGAAUGUUCUGGGAAGACAGCACUGCACAAGCCACAGCCGCACAGGACAACAGGGGUGAACCUCGCAGCGGGAUCUCAGGAGAAGGGAGCCUCAGCCUCUCGCUCCGCCGACUGAGGAUGCCGCUCUUCGGGAAUACCUUCAGUCCCAAGAAGACGCCGCCUCGCAAGUCUGCUUCUCUCUCCAACCUGCAUUCUCUGGAUCGUUCGACCCGGGAGGUGGAGCUCGGCCUGGACUACGGGACCCCUACCAUGACCCUGGCGGGGCAGAGCCUCAAGUUCGAGAAUGGCCAGUGGAUCACAGAGGUUGGCGGAGCCGUGGACCGGAGGGAGGCCCAGCGCCUUCGCAGGCGGAACCAGCAGCUGGAGGAAGAGAACAAUCUCCUGCGGCUCAAAGUGGACAUCCUGCUGGACAUGCUUGCAGAGACUACUGCCGAGUCCCACGUGAUGGAGAAGGAACUGGACGAGCUGAAGAGCGUCAGCCGGCGGAGAAAGUGAAGGCCCCGCAGACGUGCUGGGGAGCAGGGAGCACCCCGCUGGCUGAGGGGGAGGUGGCGGAGCAGGUUUUUGGGUCUUUUUUUUUUUAGCCAACGUGGUGGACUGGGCCCUUGGAGAGUAUCAUUCAAGGGCUCGGCCAAGUGCUGGCCCUUCGGGGCAGCAGCAGGUAGGCGCUGUGGGUUCCAGGCCAGGGCAGCGCUGUUCCAGACGCACUCUGGAGCGGCCCUGCUGCAGGCACGCAGGCGCUGUUGUGCGGAGCGGCUGGCGUUCCCGGCUCACCCUCGCCACUGGCGAUGGCCGCACCCAUUCUAGAGGGCUGGGAGUGGGGGUCUCCCUGCCGCCCGGGCCACUCUCUCCCCGCCUUUAAAGACCUCGCUCCCCACACCCACAGCCGCCUCCGGCGUCCGCUUCCCUACAGCAAGCCCCAGCCUGCCACGGCCACUCUGUUCCUGUGCUACUUUCUUUCACACUACUUGUUUUUUAUUAAACGGUGGUAAACACUC